GGGAAUGACAAGAGUGGCCGUUGGGAACCAACCCAAAGAUAUUGAAGUAUUGAUUGAAAAUAUGGUUUUGGAGUACAUUGAAAGAGAUAAUUGUUUGAUACUAGCGGUUACUGCAGCCAAUCAGGAUCUGGCCACUUCUGAUGCCCUCAAACUGGCCGAAAGAGUUGAUCCAAGCGGUGACCGAACCAUUGCUGUUCUCACAAAACUGGAUCUAAUGGACAACGGAACUAAUGCAAGAGAUAUUUUAAAUGGCAAACACGAUAUCCGAUUGAAACGAGGUUUCAUUGGUGUCGUUAAUCGAUCCCAAAAAGAUAUCAAUGAAAAUAAAGACAUUACGAAAGCGUUGGCCGACGAAAACCAGUUCUUCGCCAAACAUCCGGCUUAUGGGCCAGAAAUGGCCAAACGAUUGGGUAUUAAAUACCUUCAGGAAUAUCUACAACAGGAGCUGUCAAACCAUAUCUCCCGUAAAUUGCCGCCUUUGAAGACUAAAUUAGACUCAAAACUGCGCGAAACUAACGAUAAAUUAGAGAAAAUGGAGAUUCCCUUAGAAGAUGACGAUAAAGAGGGACUUCUGUCUGAAAAUAGUCGUAAGUUUCUCGAGUUGUUUGAGAGUUCAGUCGGAGGAAAGGUAUGGAAAGUGAAUGUGACUGAAUUGAGCGGCGGAUCAAAGAUUAAUCUACUGAUGAACGACACGUUUGCCAAAGAAGUGGACGNAAACGGCGGAUCAAAGAUUAAUCUACUGAUGAACGACACGUUUGCCAAAGAAGUGGACGACUUGUUUGCUGAUGAAAAUCGCUUGAGUCGUGAGAUCGUGACAGCCGUUCAAAACGCUUUCGGUACUCGUUUAGGACUUUUCGUACCCGACACUGCCUUUGUCUCAUGUGUUGAGAAACAAAUUGAGUACUUCAGGAGACCAGCACUUGAUUGUGUGGAUUUGGUUACCGAUGAGAUCAUUACGACAAUCAACAAAUGCGCUGAUAAGAUAAAAUCGCACCAAAACUUAAGUGAAGUAAAAACUGCGUCCAUAGCUGACGCCCAGUUGAAAGUGUCGGCACAAGUGGUUCAGCAGACCUUAAAAUCAGAUUGGAUUUCAUACAAGAAGACUAAAUAUUGGUUUGUUCUGAAAGGAAACACUCUUUCCUGGUUUAAAGACGACACACUUAAGGACAAAAAGAGUACAAUUAAUUUGAGUGGUUCUCACUUUAAAGGCACAGAAUCCGAUCACUCAGUGAUUAUCGUCUUAUCAAAAACUAAUAGGAAACUUACUCUAUCGCUGAAUAAGAUAAACGAUGUCGAGUUAGUAUUCCCUACGGAAGAGUUGGCCUUAAAGUGGAGCGUAUGGUUAGAGGAGGCGGGGGUUAAGCCGAGUUCGGGUGACAAUCAAACCACGAUCUCUAACGGCGACAAUGAGUCGGUGUCUAACAUGUCUUUGAAGGUUAAUUCGCAAUCGGACCUCAGUAUAGGUGCCGGCGAUGAAGACAUGGCUUUUCCCGAACAUAUGGCCACACAAGUGGACGAAGUGAAGAGAUUAGUCAAUGCAUACAUUGUUAUAAUGAAGAAGACUUUCAAGGAUCGUUUGCCAAAACUAUGUCAAUACGAGUUAAUAGACUCUACGUGUAAAUACAUUGGCACUAAACUUCAGGUACAGAUUCGCAAACAGUUCCCAUCCAUUGAUGAUAUCAUAGGCGAUGAUCCAAACAAAGCCAUUAGAAUUGAAUUACAGAAUUUGAAACAACAAUAUAUUGAAGGAAUUGAGAUAAUGGAUAAGUUCUCUAAGCUAAAGUCUAGUUUAGAGUCUACAGAAUCUACAGAA